CAAACACACACAAGCUGCUAACCAUUAAUAUUUCUUUCUAUUGUACGUGCAUGCUUCUUCUUCAAUCGGAACGUACGUAGUAGCUGGGAGGAUCUCAUCAGAAUAUAAAUGGCUGACAAAGUAGACCAAAUGAGUCCGAGAUCAACAUCCAUGGAGAUGAAGAAGAGAGAUUUGUUGAAAAAUGCGAUGAAGGGCCAAUGGAGUGAAGUUGUGGAGAUAUACAAAAAAGAGCCAUGGAUUCACACGGAAAAGAUCACAAGGUCAGGAGAAACGGCAUUACACAUUGCUGUCUCCGAUGGCCAAAAAAGGAUUGUCAUACAACUUAUAACAGCAAUAAAGUCUCAAAUAGAUCAGAAUGCCAAGAAAGCUGUUCGUGUUAAAAACAAGCAAGGGAAUACGGCUCUCCACUUUGCUGCAUCAAAGGAGAAGGAACGUCCCAUCAUGUGCAUGUCCAUAGCAGACGUUGAUCCAUCAUUGGUGGGUUGUCCUAAUCGUGAAGGAGAGACUCCUUUUUUCUUGGCAGCGUUCCACGGUAAAAAGAGAGCAUUUCUUUGUCUUCACCGAAUCUGUGCUAAAACCAAUCAGGAUGGCUACGGUUAUUCCACCAGGAAGGAUGGUAACACCACUCUUCACUGUGCCAUUAACGGACAACAUUUUGAUUUGGCAUUUCAGAUAAUUCAAUUGUAUCCGAAACUAGCAAACAGUGUCAAUAACAAAGGAUUAUACCCUCUCCACAUACUUGCGGCCAAGCCUUCCGCUUUCAGAAGUGGCAAACCCCAUGGAUCAAUAUGGCGUAGAGCCAUCUAUAACCGCAUAUUUGUUGAUGAGCUCAAGCUGGACAUGAUGGACGAAGAUGAUAUUAUUUCAAAUAAUCUCCCGAAGAGGGCAUUGAUCAGACUAGGCCUCGUUCGAUCAUCAUUGAAGAAUAAGUUUGGUCGUCUUGCAUCUGCUCGUGGAACAAAUGACGAAUUAGAUGAUCAUACAGAACAGACCCAAGAUAUAGAGAAUAUUAUAAAUAUAUCAGACGAAUAUUCAGGAAGACAUCAUGAUCAUGGAGGCAUCUUUUCUCCAUUUUUCAAGCUCGCAUAUUCCAAGGCAAUGUGGAUCAUUUCAUUGUUUCUCUACAUUUUCACCAGUGAAUUCAAGGGAAUGUUGCUGUUACCAUUUGGAAUAAAAGGAUAUAGCAGGAGAAGAAGGAUGGAGCAUAUAAUCAGAAGUUCUUAUCAUGUCAAACAGAAGCACACAUGGGCAGUUCAAAUUAUGAACAAGCUUUUAGAGCAUACAGAAUUAUACCAAGGUUCUGAAACAUGGGCGGGUGAAGACGAACCAGAAGAUUCAGAAGAUCGGGACUCAACUUUGACAAUUAAUCAAGAAUCUAAACCUCACUCGUGUCAUGAAGAGGACAGGGAGACGCCCAUACUAACUGCAGCUAAAUAUGGUGUCAUUGAAAUGGUAGAGAGAAUCUUAGAACUAUAUCCCAUUGCCAUAUACGACGAGACUUCGGUUACAAAGAAGAAUAUAGUGCUUUUGGCUGUGGAGAAGAGGCAAAUACAUGUUUAUCAACUCUUGCUACAAAGAACCAUCCCUAGAGACAGCGUGUUUGGGCAUGUGGAUAAGGAUGGGAAUGGUGCCUUGCAUCUCGCCGCAAGGCUUGCACGCCAUACGCCUGGUAUGAUUCCUGGUCUGCAAAUGCUAUGGGAGAUCAGGUGGUAUCAGUUCGUAGAGGACUCCAUGCCACCCUACUUCUUCCCCCUCCACAAUAAGAACAACAAGACACCAAUAGAAAUGUUCACCAAAAACCAUAGGAAACUUGUAAGAAGUGGUGGAAAGUGGCUAAGCAGCACCUCCAAUUCGUCGUCUGUUGUUGCUACACUUAUCGCCAGUGUGGCCUUCGCCACUGCUGCCACUAUACCAGGAGGCUUGAAGCAGGAUGAUCAUGGCACUCUAGUGUACGGAAACCAACCCGCGUUCUACAUCUUCGCCAUCUCAUCGCUAUUUGCACUCUUUUUCUCUGUCGCUUCAGUGGUCAUGUUUUUCGCUCUUAUGUCAUCACCAUAUGAAGCUAGAGAUUUCAGCAGCGAUUUGCCAGAGAAACUGUUGAUGAGUUUAUUGACGCUUUUUCUUGGCAUAGCUUCGAUGUUGAUAUCCUUCUGCGCUGCACAUUUCUUUCUGUUACAGGAUAAACUGAAAACUGUGGCAUUGGUUCUGUAUGCAGUGCUGGUUGCGUUGGUAAUUUACUUGACUAUAAAGAAUUCUUCACUGUUUUUAAAUCUUCUGAGGGUUACUUUCAGCAAUGUACCGGAGCGCCUCUACGAGGAUGAUUUUUAAUGUAUUUGUUUAUAUUUAUUUCAUUUGUUUCUCUUUUAAGCUUUCCUUUAUUUAAUCCAUCAAGUUUGUACUACACAUUUAUAAGUUCUGAUCAUCUGAUCUUGUGCGUCUAUAAUUAUAUGUUUGACAAUAAUGCUAUUUCUCCAUAUGAAAUAAAAACCAUGGAAUAUUAUUAAGCUUGCGUCUAUUGGAGUUAUGACA